AUGUCGUCCGAAUAUGAUGAGAAGGCCAAGGCCGCCGACUCGACGGCCGCAGAGGAUCACUCGGGCGAGUUGAUUAACGCGUCCGGCCACGUCCAGGAGCUGGACCGGAACUUCUCUCUGUUGAGUAUCUGUGCUAUCGCCGUGACGACCGGUAACACCUGGAUUGCCCAGGGUGGCAGUGUCACGGUUGCUUUGAGCAAUGGUGGUCUGGGUGCCACGAUCUAUGAAUUUAUUGCUGUGUCGGUUUGCUACUGGCUAGUUGCUGCCUCAAUUGCCGAGCUGGCAUCAGGUAUGCCCUCAGCCAGUGGUGUUUACCACUGGGCUUCGGUUACUGCUGGCAAGUAUGGUCGCCCUUGCGGUUUCUUUGCUGGUUGGUGGAAUUGUUUGGCGUGGAUUCUGGGUGCUGCCUCCAUGUGUCUGAUCAUGGCCCAGCAGACUGUGUCUAUGUAUGCGUUGAUGCACCCUGACUUCGUUCCCCAGACCUGGAACGUUUUUCUCAGUUUCAUCAUCUGCGCUUGGGUCUGCUGCUCUAUCGUGUUGUUCAUGAACCGCUGGUUGCCCUUCAUUGGUAACAUUGGCAUGUUCUUCAUCCUGUCUGGUGUCUUCAUCACCAUCAUUGUCUGCGCUGUGAUGCCCCAUGUCAACGGCACUGGAUACAUGUCCGACAAGGAUAUUUGGCAGAACUGGCAGAAUCCUACUGGUUACACGCAACAGGGCUUCGUCUUUGUCAUGGGUAUGCUCAACGGUGCUUACAGUGUCGGUACCCCUGACUGCUCUUCACACUUGGCCGAGGAGAUCCCCCAGCCUAGCCGUAACAUCCCCAAGGCCGUGCUUGCCCAGAUGAGUGUCGGUUUCGUCACUGGCAUCCUUUACAUGAUCGCCAUUUUCUACUCUAUUCAGGAUCUCGAUGCUGUCACUGGCACCGGCUACAAAUUCCCCCUGACUGAGAUCUACCACCAGGCGACCGGCACCCGCGGUGGUGCUUUGGGCCUCCUGAUCAUUGCCUUCAUUCCCACCUUGAUCACUGCAUCUGGCUGCUUUAUCACUGCUGGUCGGACCCUGUGGACCCUCUCCCGUGACCGUGCCACUCCGUUCCCCAAGUGGCUCGGCCGCAUCAACAGCACUUUCCACAACCCGUUCAACGCCACCCUGACCUGUGGUGUGUUCAUCACUAUCUUGGCCUGCAUCUACCUUGGCUCGACCACUGCCUUUAGCGCCUUCGUUGGCUGCUUCGUCCAGCUGUCGUCUCUGUCCUACUUCAUGGCCAUCUUCCCCCACAUCAUGACUCGCCGCUCCUCGUUCGCUCCCGGAUACUUCUUCAUGAACAACAAGAUCGGAUACAUUGUCAACUCUCUGUCCUGCGUUUACAUUCUUGCCUUCGUCGUCAUCUUCUGCUUCCCCUACUAUCUGCCCGUCGAUGCUUCCACGAUGAACUACGCCAGUCUGAUGACCGGCGGUCUGACUAUCUUCGUCACCGUCUGGUGGUUCGUUCGUCAGGGCUCGUACGAGGGUCCCAAGAACAUCCCUUUGAAUGACAAGGAUGUGGCCCAUGCCGCUGAACUUGCCCACUAA